CAGUCCCGGCGUGUUUGGACCAAGGGCCGCUUCGCUCUCAGAGACUGAAGCUGCCGCAUUGCAACAGGCGGAGGAGCAGCGGCGGAGUGCGGGAGGACGGACAGCCGGACCGUGUCCGCCUGUAACGGAACACAAACCAACUCAAGAACGAAGAACGCAGCCCCGGAGCAGAGAUGUCGAGACGCAAACAGGCCAAACCUCGCUCCGUGAAAGCUGUCGAAGAAGGAGAGUCUUCAGAGUGUGGAGGAACCUGGGAUGGAUCAACUGUUCAGACCGACAUAGCGGCAUCUGAAAGAGACGCCGACCCCAAAGAGGGGACCGGUGCUGAAGACGGAGAACCAGACGAGCACGAGGACCGCGAUGACCGAGAUCACGACGAUGACUUGGACGACGAAUCCAUCUUCACCUGUGACAACUGUCAACAGGACUUUGACUGUCUGGCUGAGCUCACUGAGCACAGAACCAACCACUGCCCAGCUG